GAUAGACCACUACUACUCUGAAAUCAGUGACCUGUUGUGGACAAACCCCGUAAUCAUGCCUAAUGACACACACACUCUGCAGUACCUCUACACUUCCAAUGGGCAUUUCACUGCUGUGGGUCUGGUGGAUGGAGAGCAGUUUGUGUCCUAUGACCGCAACAUCGAUAAGAUGAUCCCAAAGACGGAGUGGGUUAAGAAUAUUGAAGUUAAUGAUACAGGUUACUGGGACAGAGAGACACAGCAUAUGAAGGAUCAGCAGGACUGGUUCCAAGGCUUUGUGUAUCAAACAAAGAAGAGCUUUAAUCCCACUAAAGGAGAUCAUACACUACAGAAGAUGUUCGGCUGUGAGCUCGAUGGUGAUGUCUUCACUAGAGGAUACGAUCAGUACGGUUAUGAUGGAGAAGAUUUCAUCAGUCUGAAUCUGACAAAUGGAACCUGGACUGCAGAUAAUGAUAAAGCUGAGAGAUUUAUAAGGGACUGGGAUCCUAAAGGCACUACGGCUAAAUACUGGAAGACAUUCCUGAAGACUGACUGUAUUGAUCAGUUAAAGAAGUUUGUGUCUUAUGGCAACAAGACUCUGCAAAGGGGAGUUCGUCCCAAGGUGUCAGUGUUCCAUAGAUGCUCAUCUCCUUCUCCAGAGGUGGUGUGUCACGCUACAGGUUUCUUCCCCAAAGCAUUAAACAUCACCUGGCAGAAGGACGGAAAGAACGUGCGUGAGGACGUGGAGCUCAGAGAGACUUUAUCCAACCAGGAUGGAAGCUUCCAGAAGAGAAGCAUUCUGAAAGUCCCAGCUGAGGAGCUGCAGAAACACACGUACACCUGCGUGGUUCAGCACAGCAGCUUGGAGAAGGAGUUAGUGCGAGAAGUACCAAAAGGUGGAGGAUCGAUUGGUGUCAUCAUUGGUCUAGUCGCGGCUCUCAUCGCUCUCAUCGCUCUCAUCGCCAUAGUUGCUGGAUUUGUGGUCUGGAAGAAAAAGAAGAAUUCUGGUAAGAGGAGGAAGAAGGCAGACAGAAAGCUUUCAGAGAACGAGUCAUGUACCAUCUCUAAUUCACGCUUUAAGUUUGUGCAACAAACAUCCACUGUAGCCUCUGAAGGAGAUUCACCCAAUUCAACAACUCUUAAACUGUGACUGCGUGACUUCCUGCUGAACUGAGAGAGUAAGACAUGAUGUAAGACACUAUGUAUGCGUUUUAUGUAACGCAACAACAAAUGGCUGAAACUUUAUCUUUGUAAUUUUAAGCAGUGUUACUCGAUUUGGCACCUCGUCCAGGGUGGACCUGUCUUGUGUCCCCCGAGUCCCCUGGGAUCGGCUCCAGGCCCUCUGUGUCCCUGUACAGGAUUAGCGCUGUAGAGAAUGAGUGAGAAUGAGAGAAGAUAUAAAAGUUAAAACUUGAAUUAGGGAUUGUAAAGUUUAUACAUGUACUGUAAAAGAUGAUUGUAUUUUAU